AUGUUCUUGGGCAGCGUGGGACGACAUUCCCCUCGUCUCCGCUCCAGCUACAUCGGGAUCUCGAAUUACCUCCGCGGCGGACGAACAGCAUCCUUACGAUCUCGAUUUCCUUCAUACAGGGCAUUCCAUCGCCAGCCAUGUCUGAGAGAACAGACUCAGGUUCCUACAUCCCAUGCUUCUCUGCUAGAACGGUAUAAAAAAGCUGUUGAAUUCCCUCCAGCCACCCAUGAUUUCGAAUCUUUCCUCUCUCAGGCUGCCGCAGGCCAGGAGGUCACCCUUCACGGCUACCUCGGGAACCGAGCGGACCUCUCCAAGAAGCUGUCCUUUGUACGCCUGACAGACCCUACGAUGAAACACAAUGUCCAGCUCGUUUCCUUCGCCAAGAAUGACGCUUUCGAAAAGCUAAAGGCACUUAGUACAAAUAGCCCCGUGGCAGUAAAAGGAAAGGUCCAAGCGAAGAAGGGCAAAGGAUCAGAUGCGGAGAAGAGCGAUGCGUGGGAGGUCCAUGUGGAGGAAAUUCAUCCUCUCAAUGACUUCCCGAAGGAUAUCAUCAUCACACCCGAGACAGUCUUCUCGCCUGAACAGAGGUAUCUUCAAUUGCGUUCCGACAGUGAAUUGCGCGAUGCCCUCCGAUUCCGUGCUCAGGUGCAUAAUGUCUGCAAGGAAGAAUUGGAGCAAUGCCGGCCUGGUUUUGUCGAGAUUGAGACUCCGCUCCUUUUCAAAUCGACCCCGGAGGGUGCUCGUGAAUUUUUGGUGCCAACUAGGAGACGCGGUCUGGCUUAUGCUCUGCCACAAAGUCCCCAGCAAUACAAGCAGAUCCUUAUGGCCAGCGGAAUCCCGAGAUAUUAUCAGUUUGCGCGUUGUUUCCGAGAUGAAGAUCUUCGGGCUGAUAGACAGCCAGAGUUUACUCAGCUCGAUCUGGAGAUGUCUUUCGCUACUGGCGAGGAUGUUAUGCGAACUGUUGAAGGUGUUAUCCGCAGACUCUGGUCAAAGCUCAUGAAGGACCCUGUCCCAUCUGGUCCCUUCCGGAGAUUAUCCUACCAAGAGGCCAUGAGCCGAUACGGUUCUGACAAGCCCGACACUCGGUUUGGAAUGGAAAUUUAUCGGAUUGAUUAUCUUCUUCCUGUCGACCUUGUCAACAAGAUUACCCCAUUGACCGAACCGAUUGUAGAGAUUUUCAAACUCGAAAACAGCGAAAAUGAUCCCGCUGCUACCUCGAAAUUCAUCAGUGAGUUCCUAGACUCGCCUGCCGGUGCGCCAUUCAACAACAAUCCCGAAGGCGGACCAGGCAUUUUCGUCUAUGAUGCGAAGAAGCCCCUUUGUGGCCUGCAGCCUUUCGGCUUCGAGGCCGCGGAGCACGUCGAGGAUUUGCUCGAACCUGACCACGGUGACCUCAUCGUCAUCCAAGCACGCAAACGAGCCCCCUUCUCUGGCGGCUCAACGCCAAUUGGCGACCUCCGUCGCGCUCUACACUCGGCUGCCGUCGCCUCUGAGUUCAAGCCAGCACCCACGGGAUUCGAGUUCCAAUGGAUCGUCGAUUUCCCUCUCUUUUCGCCCUCGAGUGACUCCGAGCCUGGCCAGGGUGGUGCCGCGGGCAUAUCCUCCACCCACCAUCCCUUCACAGCUCCAAAGUCGGCCGCAGAUGUCGACAUGCUCUUGACUGACCCCACCCAAGCCGUGGCUGAUCACUAUGACCUUGUGGUAAACGGCGUGGAGCUGGGCGGUGGCAGUCGUCGUAUCCACGACGCAGCGGUCCAAGAGUUCAUCCUCCGCGACAUUCUCCAGAUGAAGCCCGAACGACUGGCUGAUUUCACACAUCUGCUGGACGCCCUGCGGGCAGGCUGUCCGCCACAUGCUGGAUUGGCGCUUGGAUUUGACCGUCUCGUUGCUGUCAUGCUGGGCAAGGAGUCUGUGCGGGAUGUGAUCGCAUUCCCCAAGACAGGAAAGGGCGGCGAGGAUGCUAUGGUCAAGGCUCCAAGCCCUAUGACCGAGGAAGCGCUGGAGACUUACCAUCUCCUUUUGAGGGAGAAUUAA